CUACAGGAGAUUUAUCCCAAAUUUUAAAUUGUAGAUUUGUCCCUAUUAAUACUGGUAGCAUCUAUUUUCUUUAAAUUGAGUGAGACAAUGGCUGACUGAUAUUCUAAUUUUCUCUAAAUUCUAGCUUAUGAGUUUAGAAGAUGUACAAUUCAGUCCUAUCUGUCAUCAACUUUGUCUUGCUGUUUCAAUUAUUAAAUAUUUCUAUUUCUCACUCAACCAUAAUUGAAUUUCUUCCUGGAUUUGAAGGUCGCCUUCCCUUCCAUCUUGAGACCGGGUAUAUUGGAGUGGGUGAAAAUGAAGAAGUGCAGCUCUUUUAUUAUUUUCUUAAAUCAGAAUCAGAACCCACAAAAGAUCCUAUUAUGCUUUGGCUCUCUGGAGGUCCUGGUUGCUCUUCCUUCACUGCAUUUGUUUAUCAAAUAGGGCCGUUGUAUUUUGAGCCACAGGUUUACAAUGGGAGCCUACCAAAGCUAACACUGAAUCCAAACUCAUGGACCAAGCAGUCAUUGGAGGAAAAUUGUAAUAAGGAGGAAGAUUUAAGAUAUGUUGAUCCCAGGAAUGUCUUGUGCUAUCAACACUACCAAACUUUUGAACAGUUGAUUAGUGGAAUAAAUAAGGCACACAUCCUAGAGCCCUCCUGUGGUUCAGAUUCAGAAACUCAAAGUUCAUUUCAAUUGUAUGGAGAGAGAAGAUCUCUUGAUGAAAAAUAUUCUACUUCCUUGGAAUUUGGAUCAAAGUGCCGUGUUGAGGUGCACAGAUUAUCUACUUACUGGGCAAAUGAUCCAAAAGUACAAGAAGCUCUUAAUGUUCGGCAGGGAACUAUAGCAAGAUGGACAAGAUGUAGGAAAAGUAUCGUAAAUAAAACUUACACAAUUACUUUCCUUGAUAGCAUACCUUAUCAUGUGGAACUCAGCAAAAAAAAUAUUCCAUCACUUAUAUAUAGUGGGGAUCAUGAUAUGAAUAUGCCAUUUCAAUCAACUCAAUUUUGGAUAAAAUCUCUAAAUUAUUCCGUCAUAGAUAAUUGGCGGCCAUGGAGUGUUGAAGGGCAAGUUGCUGGAUAUACAAGAUCCUACUCCAACCAGAUGACAUUUGCAACUGUCAAGGGAGCAGGACAUGUUGCUCCUGAGUACAAGCCUAAAGAGAGCUUAACCAUGUUUCAGAGAUGGAUAUCUAAUCAACUUCUUUGAAGUAUAUAUAUAUUCAGAAGCAGUAAUAAAAACCUAAAAUGUGUCACAAUUUUCUGCUUAUUCUAUGUAGAACGUCUUUGUAUAAGCUGAAUUUAAAUAGCUUUUAAGCACUUAAAAGUAUUUUUUUGUAAGUGUUGGAGUUGAAUUUAUGAAUAAGCAAUUAUGUGUUUGGAUAAAAAUGUUGAAGCUGAAAAUAAGUUAUUGAUGUGUUUGUUAAAAAAGAGUUGAUAAGCACAUUUCCUCUGGUCUCGUUAUUAAAGAUUAAGGGCGUGAUUUUUUACA